UUGCGAAUCGGCGAUUGUAUCCUGUUGGCAAUCGAUGCGGCCGUCAAGGAUUUUGGUGAGUUUUGGUGAAAUUUUGGUGAGAAAUUUGAAUUUUCCACCCUAAAAAUCACGAAUUUCGCGGACUUUUUUUCCUUACUCUCAAAUUCAAGUUAAUCAAAUUUUCGACCUUUUAAAAAUAGGAAGAAAAGAGAGAAGUGUCCCUUUAAAGAGGCCCGCGCAAAUCUUAUUUUGUGCCAAUUUUGGCUGAAGAGAUUCCCCCCUACUCUUUACUUUUUUUUGAACGACGAAAAAUGUUUUUUAGUGGAAAAAAGUUCCGUUUUGAGGAGGAAAAUGGGAUUUUUUAGUUGAAAAUUCAAAAUUUCUUCCAGAUUCGCAACAAAAAAUCGAUAUCUGCCACCGGAAAAACGAGCUUUUCGAAAAAUUGGACGGUGCCGCGCAAUUUGUAGGAUUUGUUUGUGUUCGAGAAACGACACCAAUGGUGGUGAGUUGGUUUUUCGGGGUUUUGGCUGAAAAUUGGAAAAAUUUAAGCCAAAUAUUGGGAAAAAUGAGAAAAUUUGACCCUGGGAACCUUUUUGGCUCAAAAAGUUCGAAUUUUCUCGUAAAAAAUUUUUCUAGACCCAAAUUUUGUGCUGAAAACGAUGAAAUAGCUGAAAAUAAGUGAUUUCACCGAUUUCAGCGCGAAAUUUUGGGACUGGAAAAUUUUUGAUUGAAAAUGUGACCCCCCUGACCUUAGAAAAGGGGGGGGGGUCACAUUUUUUCCACAGAAAAUGUUUCUAGACCCAAAUUUUGCGCUGAAAACGAUAAAAUAGCUGAAAAUAAGUGAUUUCAUCGAUUUCAGCGCGAUAUUUUGGGCCUGGAAAUUUUUUGACUGAAAAUGUGACCCCCCCCUGACCUUAGAAAAGGGGAGGGGGUCACAUUUUUUUUCAUUUUCACCAAAUUUUUCACAGAAAAGGUUUCUAGACCCAAAUUUUCUGCUGAAAACGUUGGAAUAGCUUAUUUCCAGUCAUCUCAUCGUUUUCAGCGCGAAGAAUCGGUCUAGAAACUGUUUUGACUAAAGAGAUUUGAAAUUUUUCGAAAAAUUCCGUUUUUCUCCUGAAAAAAUGUUUUUAGACUCAAAUUUUACGCUGAAAAUCAAGAAAAUCUCAAAUUUUCAGAUUUUCCGUAAUUUUAGGCCAAAAAGCAAAAAAAAUUCGAUAAUUUUAAGCCUAGAAACUUUGUGGCUCAAAAUAUGGAAAAUUGAAAAUUUUCAAAAAUUAGAUUUUCCCGCUAAAAUUCCUGAAAAUCAAGAAAAUUCUGGAAUUUUCAGAUUUUCAGUUCCAUAUUUGAAGUCUGCUCUGAAAACGAGAAAAUUUCAGAUUUUCAGCUCGAAACAAUGUUCCAGAUCAAAAUUUUGUGCUGAAAAUCAUGAAAAUCUCAAUUUUUCUCUGCGUCUCUUCAUUUCUCAUGCUCUCUAACUCAUAUCUCCCAGAUCACACAAAAAACAUCACAAAUUGUGUACAAAAAAGUGUUCCGUCUCAUCUCUCCUCGAUGUUUCUCUAACCUACUCUCUCAUUUCCAUGUGCUCUCUAAUUUUUGUCGACAAAAAAGUGUCGAAUUUCAGGAAGAUGAAGAUGAAGCUAGUUGAACGAUUGAUAACUUAUCAUUAUAUGAUUUUCUGCUUUUUUUCUCUGCCUCUCUCAUUUUUGUAUACUCUCUCGUCUCUGAUUUUAAAGGAAAUUUGAAUUUUUACUCUAAUCUACAGUAUUCCAAAUUUUAAAGGAGCAUGUCGACGAAAAAACAGCAAUUUGUGAUCGAUAAAAUGAAUUAUCAGGUCUCGCGUGGAAAUGUAGGGUUUUGGCGGGAAAUUUGAAUUUUUAAAUUUUUCAAAAAAUAUUUGGCGGGAAAUUUAAAAAUGUAAAUUUUUCAAAAAUAUUUUUUUGGCGGGAAAAUUUAAUUUUCGAAAAAAUUGGGAAACUAAAAAAUUAAAAAUUUUUUUCAAGAUUUUUUGGCGGGAAAAUUUAAAAGUUUGAAUUUUCAAAAACAAAAAAUUUGGCGGGAAAAUUUAAUUUUCAAAAAAUUCUGAGAUAGUUUUUGGGCGGGAAUUUUGAAAGUUCAAAAUUUUCAAAAACAAAAAAUUUGGCGGGAAAAUUCAGAAAUUCAAAUUUUCAAAAAGAUUUUUUGGCGGGAAAAUUUAAAAGUUUGAAUUUUCAAAAACAAAAAAUUUGGCGGGAAUUUUGAAUUUUCAAAAUUUCUGGGAUAGUUUUUUGGGCGGGAAUUUUAAAAAUUCACAUUUUCAAAAAAAAAAUUUGGUGGGAAAAUUUAAAAAUUUGAAUUUUCAAAAACAAAAAAUUUGGCGGGAAAAUUAAAGUUUUAAAUUAAAAAAAAAUGUUGGCGGGAAAUUUGAAUUUUUUAAAAUUUUGAAAAAGAUUUUUUUGGUGGGAAAAUUCAGAAAUUUAAAUUUUCAAAAAAAAAAAUUCGGCGGGAAAAUUUAAAAAUUCAAAAAAAUUGGGGGGAAAUUAAAAAAAAUUCAAGUUUUUUUUUCAAGAGUUUUCGGCGGGAAUUUUGAAAAUUCAAAUUUUUAUCCAAAUUUGCUUGCAGCUGUCCGGCGAUUGGACCCAAGUUGAAGUAAUUCGACUCGGCACCGAUCAAGGUGGAUUAGGAUUCGGAAUUGUUGGUGGAACAAGUACCGGCGUGGUGGUCAAGACGAUUUUACCAGGAAGUCCAGCGGAUAAAGUGAGUUUGGCUAACUUGGGUGGAAAUUUGCUCAAAAAUGCUCUUUUUUGAGCCAAAAUAGGUCAAUUUUGAGCCAUUUUUGAUCAAAAUUUCACGCUGAACUCGAAAAUUUCAUCUAGAACCUUCGAAAUUUAAUUUCAGGAUGGUCGACUUCAACCCGGCGACCAUAUUCUUCAAAUUGGAUCAAUUAACACGCACGGAAUGUCGAGUCAACAAGUUGCCACCAUUCUACGACAUCAACAUCCACAAGUUGAGAUGAUUGUUGGAAGACCGAUUGCCUAUGCUGAUAAACCCACUGAUACUGCAGGUUUGGGACCAUUUUUAAUGGAUUUUUCAUGAAAAUCUGGGCUUGGGAGUAUUUUUAAUGGAUUUUUUAUGAAAAUCUGGUCUUGGGAGUAUUUUUUGAUGGAUUUUUCAUGAAAUUCUGGGCUCGGGAGUAUUUUUAAUGGAUUUUUCAUGAAAAUCUGGGCUUGGUAGCAUUUUUAAUGGAUUUUUCAUGAAAAUUUGGGCUUGGUAGCAUUUUUAAUGGAUUUUUCAUGAAAAUUUGGGCUUGGCAGCAUUUUUAAUGGAUUUUUCAUGAAAAUCUGGGCUUGGGACCAUUUUUAAUGGAUUUUUCAUGAAAAUCUGGGCUUGGGACCAUUUUUAAUGGAUUUUUAUUUAUUUAUUUAUUUAUUUAUUUAUUUAUUUACGAUGAGAGGAAAAGUACAUCGUGAGAAAAAGUGAUAAAAUGAAUAGCAAUAUCACGGGUGCGGUGAUCACAAUUUAACCAGUAGGGUUUGAUUUUUAAGAAUUAUUUACAUUAUGAUGGCGGUGAGAAAGAAGAAAAAAGGAAAAAAAUAAUAAUAUGGGGGGGGGGGUGGGAAUAGGAAAAAAAAAAGAAAGUUAGAAAGAAAAACAAAAAGAGAAACCGUAUAAAAAGAAAGGGAAUGACACAUUGGUUUGACUGUUUUGGAGUGGUACUAGAUCUUGGAAUUUGCACAAAAAUUUUUAUAAUGAAUUAAUGGCUUUAAUUUGAGUAUUGAUUGUGAGACACAAAGGUUUUUCCUCUUGUUUUUAGAAGGAUUAAAUUUAAAAUUAAAAUUAAAAUUUAGAAUUUAAUUUUAUCAAGAUUCGGAUCAGUGGUUAGAAGCUCUAGUAAUAGUAUCCAGAAACUCAUCUGAAUAUUGUCUGAUGCCUUUAAUAAACUCCGGGAUUACUCUCAUGGAAAAAAAGUUUUUUCGGAUUUUCUUUUUGGGGACUUUGAAUAAAAGAUUUAGGCGAGAUCUAGAUGAGGUUUUCUGAAUUUGAAAGAGGGGUUUAUAAUUUACUUUAGAUUUACCCGAAAGAAUGUCUUCAAGCAUACGGAGAUCAAAUCUUCUCCUCCUGUCACUCAACUUCUCCAACUCAAACACAUCCAACCUCUCCUCAUAAGUAAGAUAGCCUGGAUCUCGGUAAUUGAUGAAUUUACCGGUCACUCUACCAUAUAAUUUUCUCGUGAAGUUACGCUGCACUUUCUCUAUCAUAUCCGAGGUGGAUUUAUCAGGAGGGGAAGUGACAACGCAACCAUAUUCGAGAAUUGAGCGAAUAUGUGUUUUAUACAGGGAUAAGUAUAAUUUUGGAUUUUUGGUAGUGAAUGACUUAAAAAGAAGAUAUAAAAGGGAAUUAGAUUUUUUUGUGAAUGUAGUCCAGUGGUCACUAAAAUCCAAAUUCUCAGAGAUAUAAAAACCGAGAUCUCUCAUAACCGAUGUUCUGUUUAUUGUUGUGUCCAUUACUUUAUACUCAAAUUUGGUUGGUUUUGUGUGUAUAGAAAGUAUUUUUGUUUUAUCGCCAUUUAAUGCCAAUUUAUUUUCAACGGCCCAAGAAACCACUUUGUUUAUGGAUUUCUGCAGGUUUUCAGAAUCCUUCCGGUUUUUUAUGGAUGAGAAAAUUUUUACGUCAUCCGCAAACUGUGCCACAACUACUCCUGGUAGUGAAACAGAGCUGGGGAGGUUUUCAUGAAAAUUUGGGCUUGGGAGCAUUUUUAAUGAAAAUCUGAGCUUGGGACCAUUUUCAAACGAUUUUUCAUGGAAAUCUGAGCUUGGGACCAUUUUUAAUAGAUUUUUCAUGAAAAUCUGGGCUUGGGACCAUUUUUUGGCGAUUUUUUGGACCUGGGGACCAUUUUUAACCAAAUUUUGACCAAAUUCCAGUUGGCUGUGUAUCUAAUCUAAGAUACGCAGCCAAUUUUUUAUUCGUAAAAUUUUUCCGGAAAAUCCCUUCCCGAAAAUAAUAAACAACAAAAAUGAAUAAAUAAAUAGGUGCCCAUUUUAGACAAAAAUAUAUUAGAUUUCUUUUUUUUUCGAAUUACUGUAGUUUUGGCUGCGUACGUUUGAUACUCAGUUAAGCGUUUUUUGAUCUACAAAAUAAGUUUGAUACUCAGUGAACGGGAAAUUUUGAUCUACAAAAAAUCAACUUUUUUUCAAAAAAUUUAGCUGCGUACCUCUUACAUUAGAUACUCAGCCUACACAUUUUUUCCUUGCCAUUUUUCAACAUAUAUAUGUAUAUACAUAAAUAAAUAUGGCCAUCUUCUCCAAUUUUUCUUCGUUUUCUCGUUUUUUUUUUCUCGGAGCGGCCAUUUUUUGUGCCAUUUUUUGCUCAUCUUGUUAUCCAUCUUUGCCUUUUCGUGUCCCCCAAAAAAUUUUUUUCUUCAUUUUUUCGCAAUUUUGGCCUUAAAAAUCGUUUUUUAGCGUCAGUUUUUAGCGAAAAUUUGGCUGCGUACCUACGUUUGAUACUCAGGCAACUUGGAAAAGAAGAAAAAACUAUAUAGUUUUCUAGGCUGAGCCACCCGCCACAACACAUAACAAUUUCAAAUUGAAUUUUAUUCAAUUUGUCUCCGGCUCUUCUUUUUUUUCCCUUUUUUACCUCUUUUUGACAAACUUUUUUGAGCUGAGUAUCUAAUGCAGAGAGGUACGCAGUCAAAUUUUUUGAAAUUUAUUGUAGGAAACUCAUGACUGAGUAUCUAAUGUUUCCUAAUAUCUAAAGGUACGCAGGCAAAUUCUUGAGUUCCUGAGUGAGUAUCUAAUGUCUAGAGGUACGCAGCCAAAUUAUUUGCGUAGCUGAGUAUAAAAUGUUUUUCAAGGUUUAGAGAUACGCAGCCAAUUUUUAUUUGUAGAUCAAAUUUUGAUGAUUUUUAAUGGAAACUGGAAAUUUACCUGUUAUUUCGAAAAGUGGACUGGACUGAGUAUCUAAUGUCUAUAGGUACGCAGUUAAAAUAGACAAUUUUCUACUUGGCUGAGUAUCAAAUGUAUAUAAGCAGCCAAAACUCUCCUCCUUCCUUAGCUGAAUAUCUAUCAAAUACGCAGUCAAAUGAAUUGUCAACUUGGCUGAGUAUCAAACGUACGCAGCCAAAUUCAACCUCAUAUUUCUUCCAGACUGCUUCACACUGGCGACAAAAGCAGCGCUUUGCGCUCAAACACUCGACGAAGCCAUUCAGCGACAGGUAGGUCGAAUUUUGCCACGUGGCAAAAUUUGGCGCCAAAAACUGAGCCACGUGGAUUUUUGCAGAUGGCCACGUCAGCGCCAAGUACCGCCGCCCUGCCCACCCCCAACACCAUGUCACCGUCCGUGAGCUGCGCACCGAUUGCGGAAGAACCGCAAGCGGAAAAGGAGACGGAAGCGUUGCCGCAAGCGGAGGAACACGUGGAUUUGAGGUACGGUAGUUUUUGGCGCCAAAAUUACUGUAGGUAGAUCAAAUUUUUCCAGGAAGCCUUGUGAUUGUGCUCCGAACUAUAAUAGAAGAGAUGAGAAUAAUCAUGUGAAUGGGAAUACAGUACCCUCGGACCCUCCUACAGUACCCCAGGAUACUGUAGCUACAGAAGAACUGCAAACACCGUCAAGCCAAACAUCGAAAAUCUCCCUAAAAUCACUGCAGGAAAUGGCGCUUACCGUAUUUUUGCGCGAAAAUUGGCAGGCUCAAAAAUUCGAGGAAAUUGAUGUGGAACUGCAACGAGAUCCGGCACUUGGCUUGGGGAUUACGGUAGCUGGAUAUGUGCAUAAGAAGGGUACGGUAGGGGGAUUUUUGGCGGGAAAAAAUUGGCUUGGAAAUGAUUUUUUGGGUGAUUUUUGAGCCUAAGAAUGUUUCUAGAUAAAUUUUUUGCGCUGAAAAUGAUGGAAUUGCUCAUUUUCAGCGAUUUUAUUAUUUUCAGCACGGAAUUCUGAUCUAGAAAAAUUUUUUGGGAACCCUGGAGGAAUUAGGUGACCCCCCUCUACAGUAUGUCCAAGGGGGGAGGUCAUCUUUGAGCCUGAAAAAAUUUCUAGACCAAUUUUUUGUGCUGAAAACGCUGGAGUUGCUCAUUUUCAGCCUGCUCAUCGUUUUCAGCACGAAAUUUUGGUCUAGAAAAGUUUUUGGAGGUUUUUGGGGAACCCGGGGGGGGGUUACUUUUUUUCAAAUUCAAUUUUCUACCCCAAAAUCACACUUCCAGAUCAAUUUUUCGUGCUGAAAACGCUGAAACUGCUCAUUUUCAGCGAGCUCAUCGUUUUCAGCACGAAAUUUCAGCCCAGAAAAUCUCCCCACUUCAUUUUCCUUCCACAAAUUCUAAAAUAUAAGUAAAUAAAAAUAUUUUCGAGCAUUUUCCCGCCAAAAUUGAAUUUUGACACAAGAAGAAGCGCCGGCAGCAAAAAAUUGAAUUAUAUCUGCAUUUUUUCGCCCCCCACACACACACAUUUUUUUUUUCCAGAAGAAAUUGGCGGAAUUUUCGUGAAGUCACUUGUGCCGAGAAGUGCUGCCAGUUUGAGUGGUUCGAUUCGAGUGCACGAUUUGAUUUUGGAGGUGAGUUACGCUAAAUUUAGCGCCAAAAGCUUGCCGGGAUCAUGGCGAGCAGAAUGAGCCCGAAAUUGAGCAUUUUCACCUAUGGGUAGGCAAAAUAUGUCAGGAUUUUUGACAGCCUCAACUAAUCUAGCCUUAUUUUAUAUCAAAAUUAUCGAUUUUGGGUCCCGCAGCGAUCUACAGUAAUUUAAAGAAACAUGGGAUACUGUAGUUGAGUUUAAAGGGACAUGCACUCGCUCCGCUUGAGCCGCUUACGCGGAAUUUUGAUCUACACUCGCACUAGACUUGUUUGAUCUCAAAAUGAUCCAUUUUGGGUCCCGCAGCGAUCUACAGUACCUACAGUACUCCCCAAAACCUCAUGUGUUUCUUCCAGGUGAAUUCGACAAGUUUGGAGCACAUGUCGCACGCGGACAGCGUUCGAACUCUGGUCAAAUCCGGAGAUCAGGUCAAACUUCGACUCGUUAGGUUUCAAUCCACGUCACCGCAAGCGCAAUGUUUGAAAAUGUUGCAGCAGCAGGUAAUUUGGGUGCUGAAAAUGCUGGAAAUAAUGAUUUUCAGCUAGCCCAGCGUUUUCAGCAUGAAAAAUUGGUCUAGAAAAAUUAGUAGGGGAAAAUUUGAUUAUUUUUUGGUUUAACGGGCUUCUAAUAUUCGACCGAUACCUUUUCUUUAUCAAUUUUUCGUGCUGAAAACGAAGAGCUGGCUGAAAAUGAUGAUUUUCAGCGUUUUCAGCACGAAAAAUUGAUCUAGAACAAUUUUUGUGACCCCCCCCCCUGUUUUGAGGGGGUUUCACCUUUUUUUAAACUUUUCGGACAAAUAAUUUUGAAAAAGGUUUCUAGGCCAGUUUUUCGUGCUGAAAACGAUGAGCUUGCUAGAAAUUAUGAUUUCCAGCGUUUUCAGCUCGAAAAAUUGAUCUGGAACAAUUUUUGUGCUCCCAGCUGUUUUGAGGGGGGUUCACCUUUUUUUCAAACUUUUGACUAAAUUGACUCUGGAGAAGGUUUCUAGACCGGUUUUUUGUGCUGAAAACGAUGAGCUGGCUGAAAAUGAUGAGUUCCAUCGAUUUCAGCACGAAAAAUUGAUCUAGAAACUUUUUUGUGACCUCCCCCCCCCCCUUUUUUUGAGGGGGUCACCUUUUUUUUAACUUUCGACUGAUAUAAUUUUGAAAAAGGUUUCUAGGCCAGUUUUUUGUGCUGAAAAUGCUGAAAAUGUUGAUUUUCAGCUAGCUCAUCGUUUUCAGCACGGAAAAUCGAUCUAGAAACAUUUUUGUGACCCCCCCCCCUGUUUUGAGGGGGUUGCACCUUUUUUUAAACUUUUCGGACAAAUAAUUUUGAAAAAGGUUUCUAGGCCAGUUUUUUGUGCUGAAAAUGCUGAAAAUGUUGAUUUUCAGCUAGCGCAUCGUUUUCAGCAUGAAAAAUUGGUCUAGAAAACUAUCCCGAACCAAAAUGCCCUGAACAAUUCAAUAUUUCCCAUUUCAGGAAACCGAAACUCAAGUAAUCGAUGUCAAACUCUCAAACCCGGAUCUUGUCCGUGAAUGGAAAUCGAAAAUCGGCGAAGACAUUGAAAUCCUCCACGCCGUCGUCAAACCCGAUCUUCAAUCAACCGACGGUGGCCUCGGAAUAUCCCUCGAAGGUACUGUAGACGUUCUCAAUGGAGCGCAAUUGUGUCCACAUCACUACAUCGAAUCAAUUCGACACAAUGGACCGUGCGCUCGAACUGGUGUACUUCAAGCUGGCGACGAGUUACUGCAAGUCAAUCACAGCCCACUUUACGGGGAGUCGCAUGUGACUGUGCGGCAGGCACUUACACGGGCUGUACAUUCUGGAGCACCUGUAACGUUGAUUGUUGGAAGAAGGUUGGUUUUGGGCUAGUUUUUGACGCUGAAAACACUGGAAUUGCUCAUUUUGAGUGGAACCUUUGUUUUCAGCACAAAAUUUUGAUCUAGAAAUGUUUUUGGAACAUUUUGGAGCCCUGGGUGGAAAAAAGGUGACCCCCCCCUGUUACUUACCGUUAAGGGGGGUCACUUUUUUACCCAGAAAAUGUUUCUAGGCCAAAUUUUCAUGCUGAAAACGAUGAGCUAGCUGAAAAUAGAUAUUUCCAGCGUUUCCAGCACGAAAUUUUGAUCUAGAAAUAUUUUGGGAGGCUUUAGGUUAAAAAUGUACCCCCCAUUCAUCAGACCAGAGGGGGUCAAAUUUUUACGGUAAUUUUUUCUAGAUUCAUUUUUCAUGCUGAAUACGAUGAGUUCACUGAAAAUAGGUGUUUCCAGCGUUUUCAGCGCGAAAUUUUGAUCCAGAAAAAUUUUCUUGACUGAAAAUGGCUCCCUACACUAACAUAAGGUGACCACUUUUUUCAACAAAAUACUCAAUAAUCACCCUGGAAAGUUUUCUAGACCAAUUUUUCGUGCUGAAAACGCUGGAAUCAUCUAUUUCCAGCGAUCUCAUCGUUCUCAACGCGAAAUUUUGGUCCUAAAACAUGUUUAGGUUUUCUAGUUUGACCUAUAUUUUUCUCUAGUUUGCUCAUUGCAUACUAAUGUGGGAAUUUUGAUCUUUUAGACUCAAAUUUGAAAUUUCUUUCAGAAAACCAAAAUUUUACUGGAAAAGGGUACUUCCAGCGUUUUCAGCGUAAAAAUAUUGACUAGAAAAAUGUCCAGGCUUAUUUGAUAUCAAAAUGCGUCUUUUUGGGUCCCGAAGCGAUCUAUGUACAGUAAUCCCAAAUAUUUUCCAGAUCCCAACACCUUCAUGUCUUCGAACCAACCACAUUGGACAAACAACUUCCGCUAUCCUUCUCAUUUUUGGCGGCAAAUCAAGAAACUUGGGUGAAAGCGAAAAGUGAAGUGGAUUUGACACGAACUCGAGCCGAAACUACACAUUUAUUGCAUCGGGUGAGUGAUUUUGAGGAAUUUUAAGAGCUCAAGACCUUGCUCAUCUUGAAGAGCUCGCAAUUCUGAGUCGAAUGGUACCCUAACUUCUGGGAAAUUGUGGGGUUUAAAGGGAGAUCGUGGCGAGACCCAUAAGCGAGGGGGGUCACCUUUUUUCGAAAAUUUUGGAGUUUCACCACAAGACUUAGCUCAUCUUGUAGAGCACGAAAUUCUGAAUCGAACGGUACUUUAACUUCUGGGAAUUUGUGGGGUUUAAAGGGAGAUCGUGGCGGGACCCAUAAGCGAGGGGGGUCACCUUUUCUCGCAAAUUUUAGAGUUUCACCACAAGACUUAGCUCAUCUUGUAGAGCUCGAAAUUCUGAAUCGAAUGGUAUAUUUUUCUCUGGGAAAUUAUUUGAUUUGAAGGGAGAUCGUGGCGAGACCCGACUACAGGUUGAGUUAUGUUCCUUUAAGAAAAUUGCAGGAAAACUUGGUUACUAGGCUGUUUGUGAGGGGUUUGAGUGUGUUUAGGUUAUUUCGAUGCUCUUAACAUGAGCAAUAUCAUAUUUAGAGUCAAAAAUGCUCUUUUUGCCAGGUUGCUCGAAAAUUGCGUUCAAAAUCGCUGGAAAAUUUCCAUGGUUUGGCGGUUUGGAAUUGUGUUCCGCUGGUGAUUUAUUUGAACAAGGAUUCGAGAGGUUUAGGAUUUUCAAUUGUCGAUUAUAAGGUACGGUUUUCUGGGGCGGGAAAUUUGAAUUUUUGAGAAAAAAUUGGAAAAAAAAUCAAUUUUUUUUUCUCAACAAUACCUCAAAAUAAUCCGAUUUUUCCCGGAUUUUCACCAAAAAAUCCCAAAUUUCACUCCAGGAUCCAACACACCGUGACGAAAGUGUAAUAGUUGUUCAAUCGCUGGUUCCUGGUGGAAUUGCUCAAGCCGACGGUCGAAUUGUACCCGGAGAUCGCCUGCUUUUUGUCAACAAUCAUGAUUUAUCAAAUUCGAGUCUGGAAAGAGCUGUGGCUGUGCUGAAAGCGGCGAGAAUGGGACCUGUUAGGCUUGGAAUCGCGAAACCGAUUCCCGUUGAUCAGGUGGGUGGUUUUUUGGUCGGUUAGGGGACUUCCGGUGAUAUUUUUGACACUGGGGCUUUUUUCUAACCAGAAGGAGACUUCUGGUGAUAUUUUUGAUAAGUAGGAGUUUUCUGGUGAUAUUUUCGACAAGUAGGAGAUUUCUGGUAUUAUUUUCGACAGGUAGGAGGUUUCCGGUGUGAUUUUUGAUCUGAAGGGGUACUUUCGGUGUUAUUUUUGUUGAGUAGGAGAUUUCUGGUGAUAUUUUUGACAAGUAGGAGUUUUCUGGUGAUAUUUUUGACAUUUUCCCGAAUUUUAGCGCAAAAAAUUGAAUAUUUGAAAUUUUCACGCAAUUCUUUUGAAAUUUUUUCCAAAAAACAUAUUUUUUUCCCGAUUUUUUCGGCCUCAAAACCCUCAAUUUUCCCAAUUUCGAAAUUUUAUUUGAUUUCUCAUCCAAAAAUUCAACAAAAAAAUUGCCCGUCAUAAAUUUUGUGUCUGACGCAUUAUUGUUUUUUUUCCUCGUCGCUUUUUUUGCUUCACACAAUUUUUUCACAUUAAAAAAAUUUUUGGCCAAAAAAACUCCUGAAAAUUUGGAUUUUGACCAUUUUCAGAGCUCCGCGAGCUCUAAAAAUGCUCCAAAAUUUUUAAAAUUUCAAAACCUUGGUUUGUGGGGUGUCUGAAUUCCCCAAAUUCUAUGAAAAAUCUGAAAAUCGUGCUGAAACUCGAAAAAAACGAAAUUCAGAGCUCCAGAAGCUCAAAAAGUUGAAAAAAAAAUUUAUUGGGCCUUGAGUGCUUUUUUUUGAGGGUGGACACAGAGAAAAUUCCCCUCCCCCUCUCAGAAAAAAUUUUGUUGCCUUUUUUUGUGUUGUCAGAAGGGAUAACGGAAGGAUGUGCUCUUCGUGCCUUUUUUUCGCUUUUUUCACGAGAAAACUUUUUGUUGAGAGCAGAUUUUUUGGAUUUUUCUCGGAAAAUUUUGAAUUUUCAAGAUUUCGCCCUCAUUUUCAUCCAAAGUUCAUUUUUUUGUGAUUUUUCACAAAAUUUGGGGAUUUUUGACACUUCACAAGCCAAUAUUUAAUUUUGGAGCAUUUCCAGAGCUCCGCGAGCUCCUCCUGAAUUCUAACCUUGAUUUUUGAACUCCUCUCGAAAUUCUACCCCAGAAAAGUUCAAAAAUCAAAGAAAAAUCGCAAAUUUUCACUAGCGGGAUCGAUCCCGCCACCCGUUAUUUGCUAGUUUCAUUUCUAACCACCUGAGCCAUCUGAGUACAGGGUCUCGGGUUCGAUCCCCGGUGCCCGCACUCCAAAAAAAAUUUUUUUUUAUUGAAAACAUGUUUCCGGGGUAGAAUUUCAAGGGGAAUCUGAAAAUCCACGUGGCAAAAUCUGAAAAUUUCUAGGGGACUGUGAAAAAUGCAGUUUUUGGUGAUUUUCCGUCGUAAUUUCCUGUCGAAAAGUGCAAAAAUCCCCCUCCCUUUCACUAAUCCCUCGAAUUUUCCGCGUUUUUCGCCUCAAAGUCCACAAAAUGUCCGCCCCUUCUUCCAUUUAUUACUACUAACAACAUAAUCCGUCCACAUUUUCUGCCCGCCAUCUUCACAGUCUUUUUUUCUCUGUCAACCUCUCUCGGAUUAUCCUACGUCUAGCCUGUCUGCCGUCUCUCAAUCUCUCGCCACACACACACCUUUUUCGAGCUUCUCCUUUUAUGCCCCCUUCGUUUUCCUCCCCGAGCUUCAUGUAUUUUUUGUUUUUGGACGAAAAUGACCUGGUUUUUGAAAAUUUCCGAUUUCGGGCGGUUUUUGGACACUGUGAGCCCGAAAUUUGGAUUCACCAGGAAAUUUGGGGAUUUUUGAUAUCCCAUAUGGUUUGUUUCGUGACAAUUUCAUUUUGGAGCAUUUUCACGGCUCCGCGAGCUCAAAAAAUGCUCCAAAUUUGAAAUUUCUGAGUUUUCCUCAUUUCUUCCACUUUUUAGUCUGAAAAAAUCCGAUUUUCAGUCAAUUUUCAGCCCAAAAGUCAAAUUGUUAUUGAAAAAUGAAAAAUCGGGAAAAAUACGUUUCAAAAUUUCGAUUUAUAUUGCCAAAAAUUUUUUGUCAAUGUUUUGCAGAAUGCAAAAUGAAUAAUUAUAUUUUUGCAAAACAUCCAAAUUUUGCUGGAUGUUUUAGUGGAAAUUUGACGAAUUUUGUUAAGUUUAGGCGAAUUUGGAGCAUUUUUUAGAGCUCCGCGAGCUCUGAAACUUGAGCUAUGAAAAGUUUCAGGUGCUCAAAGUAUGAAAUUUGGAUUUACCAGAGAAUUUGGGGAUUUUUGAUAUCCCAUAAGCCUGGGUUUCAUGAAAUUUUGAUUUUGGAGCAUUUUCAGGGCUCCGCGAGCUCUGAAAAUCAAAAUUUUUCAAAAAUUGACAUUUUCGAUGUCAAAAAUCAUCAAAUUUCAUGGAAAAAAGAAAAAUCCCAAUUUUAGGUCCUCAAAAAUGCUCCAAACCCGAAAAUCCUAUAUUUUUGUUGAUUUUCAGCCCCCCCCCCCUGAGCAGGGUGUAGUUAUUGAAUAUUCUAUGAAGUAGUUUUUUUUUUUGCGAGCCAGCCACUUUCCUUUUCCCCUAAUACAACUAAUAAUGUUGUUUUUUAGGGUUAGACUUGUUUUUCUUGGAUUUUUGCGCUAACCCUGAGUUUUCCUGAAUUCUCGUAUCGAUUUUCGGGCUCGCCGUGAAAUUCUGACCCGGAAAAGUGUAAGAAUCAAAAAAAUCUGGCAGAUUUUCACUAGCGGGAUCGAUCCCGCCACCCUUUACUUGCUAGUUUUAUCCCUAACCACCUGAGCCAUCUCAAACAAAGUGAGGGGUCCGGGGUUCGAUCCCCGGUGCCCGCACUUAAAAAAAAAGUUUUUUUUGUUGAAAACAUGUUUCCGGGGUAGAAUUUCACGGGGAAUCUGAAAAUCCACGUGGCAACGUCUGAAAAAUAACUUUUUCAGUCACAAUUCACCGCACACACUCCGCUUUGCUCGAGAAGCGAGAGAUUGUUGGCGAGAGGAAGAAGUCCACGUGGCAGGCGACGAUACGUGAGUUGGAAAUUUUUUUUCGCGCGCCAGAAAAAAAACCGUGCCGCAAAAUUGCAGACUUCUGGCACCACCUCCAGCCAAGAGACAGUUUGGAUCGGAAGUGCUGAACAAUAUCGGAAAUUGCACCCGCAGGUAAUUUUUUGCAGGCCACGCCCACUUUUCUGUGCCGCAGUUUGCUUACCUCUUUUUUCUAUCACCUUUGUUUUGCCAUUUUUUUUGUUUGGAGAAAAAUAGACCACGCCCACAAAAGUGUGCCGCACUUGCAAUUUUUUCAAAAAUUAUCUAGAAUUAAGCCACGCCCACAAAAGUGUGCCGCACUUGCAAAAUUUUCAAAAAUUAUCUGGAAUUAAGCCACGCCCACAAAAGUGUGCCGCACUUGCAAAUUUUUAAAAUUAAGCCACGCCCACAAAAGUGUGCCGCACUUGCAAAUUUUUCGAAAAGUAUCUUGAAUUAAGCUCCGCCCACAAAAGUGUGCCAGGCUUGCAAAUUUUUAAAAUUAAGCCACGCCCACAAAAGUGUGUCGCACUUGCAAAAUUUUCAAAAAUUAUCUAAAAGUAAGCCACGCCCACAAAAGUGUGCGGCACUUGCAAAUUUUCAAAAAUUGUCUCGAAUUAUGCCACGCCCACAAAAGUGUGCGGCACUUGCAAAUUUUCAAAAAUCGUCUCGAAUUAAGCCACGCCCACAAAAGUGUGCGGCACUUGCAAUAUUUUCAAAAAUUAUUUAGAAUUAAGCCACGCCCACAAAAGUGUGCGGCACUUGCAAAUUUUCAAAAAUCGUCUCGAAUUAAGCCACGCCCACAAAAGUGUGCCGCACUUGCAAAAUUUUCAAAAAUUAUCUAAAAGUAAGCCACGCCCACAAAAGUGUGCCGCACUUGCAAAUUUUCAAAAAUUGUCUCGAAUUAAGCCACGCCCACAAAAGUGUGCGGCACUUGCACAGAGUGAAAUUAGGCUCCGCCCACAAAACCAUGCCGCACUUGCACUCUAAGCUCCGCCCCUUUUUUUCUGUCCUUUUUUGCUUCCAAAAAUCCCCUGAUUUUUGGCUUCUCUUAUUUUUUCGGCCCAAACAAAUUUUGCAGGCCUACUAUCCGUCGCGAAGUCCAUCAACGGCCCGAAGUGAACGAAGUUUGGCAGAUGUAUGACAAUUUUUUUUCAUUUUUCUAGGCUUUUGGGGGCUUUUUGGGGCUUUUUUUCGGGGUUUUUUGGGCCGAAACGGGCCAAUUUAGGCCUAGAAAAGCCUGAAAAGCCUAAAAUAAACAUUUCAGUCCGAAUUUUCGAUGACGUCUUGGUCGCCUUGUUCUACACGAUCUGUUUCACCUUGUGGAUCGCCGAUUUCACUCAGGUAGGCCUUAAGCCCGGGCCCGGGCCUAAAAUUGCUCAUUUUAGAGGAUCUUGGGCCUAUGACGUCAUUUUCCUACCCGCACAUCUCGAAAGAACUGUAAAAUUGCAAAAAGGGCCCCUCCCGCUUGGUGUGGUUUUGGAUUCGGAAAAAGACAAGGGUGUGAAUGGAUGUGUGGUGAAAAGUAUAUGUGGAAAGAAGGCGGUGGCACUGGAUGGAAGAAUUCAGGUAAGAGAGCACCGGAUUUGGAUUUUUCAUGAAAUUUGAGGAAUUUUGAGACCAAACAUGACUUGGUUUGGAGGAUUUUUGAGUUUGGAGCAUUUUCAGGGCUCCGCGAGCUCCGAAACUGGAGUUCUGGGAAGUUCCAGAUGCUCUAGCCUAUGAUUUUUGAAUUUUUCAUGAAAUUUGGAGCAUUUUGAGACCAAACAUGACUAGGUUUGGAUGAUUUUUGAGUUUGGAGCAUUUUCGGGGCUCCGCGAGCUCUAAAACUGGAGUUCUAAGAAGUUUCAAGAGCUAUAUCUGUUAAUUUUAGAUUUUUCAUGAAAUUUCGGGAAUUUUGAGACCAAACAUGCUUAUUAUUGAAUGAUUUUUGAAUUUGGAGCAUUUUCGGGGCUCCGCGAGCUCUAAAGCUGGAGUUCUGAGAAGUUUCAAGUGCCAUAGCGGUGAUUUUUGGAUUUUUCAUGAAAUUUGAGGAAUUUUGAGACCGAACAUGCUUAUUUUUGAAUGAUUUUGAAUUUGGAGCAUUCUCGGGGCUCCGCGAGCACAAAAAUCAAAAAAUGCUCCAAAAUAUGUCAUGUUUGGGCUCAAAAAUCUCCAAAUUCCAUGAAGAAUUCGAAUUUUUCAAUCUCGGACUCUGAAAAUUCCCAAAACUCUGGAUUCGGAGCUCGCGGAGCUCUGAAAAUGCUCCAAAUUUCAAAGUUCAUCAAAAUAUGUCAUGUUUGGGCUCAAAAUUUCAGAAAUUUUGUAAUUUUUUCGAAAAUUUCCAGGUCGGCGAUUUCGUGACGAAAAUCAACACCGAAUCGCUGCGAAACGCGACAAAUUCGCAGGCUCGCGCAAUUUUGAAAAGAACCAAUCUUGUAGGCACAUUUUGCAAGUGAGUUUCAUUUUUUCAGCCAAAAAUUGUUUAUCUUAAAAUCUGAAAUUAAUUUCAGUGUCACUUAUAUCACAUCGGCCGACGCGAAAACUUGGAAAGAACGAUUCCAGAAACCGGCUGAAACUUCGUCGCCAAUGAUUAAUCGAUUAUCGCCAAAGUGAGUUUUUUUUGCGGCUCCGGGACCAUGAAUUUUGGAUUUUUCAUGAAAUUUGUGGAAUUUUGGUACCUCACAAGGCAUAUUUUUGAGAAAUUUUGAUUUUCGAGCAUUUUUGUGCUCCGCGAGCUCUGAAACUGGAGUUCUUGAGAUUUCCAAUGUCUGAGACCAUGAUAUUUGAAUUUUUCAUGAAAUUUGUGAAAUUUUGACACCCCAUAAACCUAGGUUUUGAGAAAUUUUGAUUUUGGAGCAUUUUUCAGAGCUCGUGGAGCACAAAAAUGCUCCAAAAUGAAAUUUUCUGGAGAAUAUACCGUGUGAGGUGUCAAAAAUCUCCAAAUUCCGUGUAAAACCCGGCGUAAACUGCUACAGCUUCUGAAAUUUCAGAUUUGGAGCAUUUUUGUGCUCUGCGAGCUAUGAAAAUGCUCCAAAAUGAACUUUUCUCGAAAAUAUACCAUGUGAGGUGUCAAAAAUCUCCAAAUUUCUUAAAAAAUCUGAAAAUCAGAGUUUUAUGAGCCCAAAAUUGCUCAAAAUCAGAAAAAUGUUUCCAGAGUCUUCCCGAAAUUCUACCGUAGUCCUUAUCUAUCCGGCGGAGCGCGUCAAGACCCGGAAGAUGAUGACGUCACAGAAGCGCCUUCAAUAAUGACGGAUUCGAUGUCAGAAGUGGCGAAAUUAAAGGUACAUACAGUAACCCCCAUGAAAAUAUCGAUUUUUUGCAUUUCAGAUGAUUGAUGAUGUUGAAAAUGCGCCCCAAGGAACAUCUUCUACAGUACCCGAAGAAGAAGCUGAAGAAAUUCGAAAAAGAAUGGGAAGAUUGAUUGAUGGAACUGAAAUUGAUUGUUUUGUUAGCGAUUUGAUCAAGGUACGGUGUUUUUUGGCGGGAAAUUCAGAAAAUUUGCGAAUUUUUGAUAUCCCACAUGAUAUAUUUUCGAAAAAUUGAAAUUUGGAGCAUUUUGAGCCCUGAAAAUGCUCCAAAUUUGAAGUUCUAGGCUUUUUCAGCGUCAAUAACUAAAAUAUUUGGAUUUUUCAUGAAAUUUGGGAAAUUUUGACACCCCGCAUGAUAUAUUUAGGAAAAAUUGAGAUUUGGAGCAUUUUGAGCUCUGAAAAUUCUUUAAAACUCGAGUUUCAGGCUUUUUCAGCGUCAAUAACUAAAAACUUUGGAUUUUUCAUGAAAUUUGGGAAAUUUUGAUACCCCACAUGUUAUAUUUUGGAAAAAUUGAAGUUUGGAGCAUUUUUGUGCUCCGCGAGCUCUGAAAAUGCUCCGAAUUCAAAAGUUUAGCUCAUAGGGUAUCAAAAUUCUCCAAAUUUUAUGGAAAAGCUAAAAAACAUAGUGAGAAUUUUUAGAAAUCAAGAAAAUUUUGGGUUUUGUGCUCCGCGAGCCCUCAAAAUGCUCCAAAAUAAAAAAUCACUUGAACCUAGGCUUGUGAGGUGUCAAAAUUCUCCAAAUCUCAUGGAAAAUUGAAAUUUCGUACUCUGAGCAGCUCAGAAUUGCUAGAACUCGAGAUUUACAGCUCGCGGAGCCCUGAAAAUGCCCUCUUCUUUUCAUUAUUCAAAAAUUGAAUCAAUAAUCCUAGAGCUCCUCCUUUUUCUCGUGUUUUUUCACACUUUUUUUCUCUCUUGUUUCUUCCGGCAGCUCUUCAUUUUUUCUUUUGAUAAUCCCUGCCACUUUUAAGCCAAUUUUUUGAGCUAGCCUAGUAUUUUUGACUUGGCUCUGGAAUUAUUGAUUUUUUUGGCUGAAAAUUGAAAAAAUCUGGAAUUUUCAGAAGCGCUAAUGAUUUUUAGUGGAUUUCUCAUGAAAUUUGAUGAAUUUUGAUAUCCCACAUGAUAUUUCUUUGAAAAUAAUAAUUUUGGAGCAUUUUUGUGCUCCGCGAGCUCUGAAAAUAGAUUUAUAGAAGUUUUAGGAGUCCGUGAACAGGAAAAUCGGAUUCUUCAUGUAAUUUGAAGAUUUUCGACACCUCACAUGAUAUAUUUUUGAAAAAUUAGAUUUUUGGAGCAUUUUUGUGCUCUGCGAGCUCUGAAAAUGCUCCAAAUUCAAAAAGCUAGGUUAUGGGGUGUCAAAAAUCUCUAAAUUUCAUGAAAAAUCUGAAAAUUUGACUGAAAAUCUGAAAUUUUCUAUAAUUUCAGGAAGCAAUUGCGGAUGCCGCAAUAGAAUUGAGUGUGGUUCACAAAACUGCGGAUUGGACGAAAAUUUCAUCAUCUAGAAGCGGAAGCGAAAAGUUGGAGCCCAAAGCGGAACCCAAAGCGGAAGAGGAAGAGGUGAGCACUAAUUGGGAGCUUUUUUGAAGUUCUGGGGAAAAUUUGCGAUUUUUUGAGACCUCACAAGCUUUUGGAGCUCUGAUUUUCGAUUUUUCGAGAUUUUCAUCACGAUUUCCAGAUUUUCCAUGAAAUUUGAAGAUUUUUGACAACUCACAUGAUAUUUUUCUGAGGAAUUUUGAGUUUGGAGCAUUUUUGGGCUCCGCGAGCUCUCUAGAUGCUCCAAACUCAAAAUUUCUUCAAUUCUAGACUUGUGGGGUAUCAAAAUUCUCCAAUUUUUUUGAAAAAUGCACUUGUUUUGAAAAAAAUCUUGAAAUUUGAGAUUUGGAGCAUUUUCAGAGCUCGCUGAGCACAACAAUGCUCCAAAUGUGAAAUUUGAUGAAGCCUAGGUUUGUGGGGUGUCAAAAUUCCUCAAAUCAGAUGGAAAAUCGGAAUGUCCUGCUCCUGGACCAUAAAAAUUCACAGAACUCGAGUUUCAGAGCUCGCGGAGCUCUGAAAAUGCUCCAAAUUUAAAAAUCACUUGAACCUAGUCUUGAGGGGUGUCGAAAUUCUCCAAAUUUCAUAGAGAAUCCAAAUUCCUAGCUUAGAGUAGCUAAUACUUCCCAGAAUUCCAUUUUCAGAGCUCCGCGAGCCCUGAAAAUGCUCCAAAUUUAAAAAUCACUUGAACCUAGGCUUGUGGGGUGUCAAAAUUCCUCAAAUUUCAUGGAGAAUCCAGAUUUGAUUCCAAAAAAGUUCGCAAAAUCAAAAAAAAAUCGUUUCAGGAGCCCCUACCCCCUCCACCACCAACCGCCACAGUCGCCCCAAUCUUCCGCGACCAAUUAAUUCGCCGCGACAGCGAACCGCCGCCUGCGACCAGCUCGCGACACUCGCAACUUCACAUUUUGUCAACCGAAGAAGAAGUUUCCAACACAAGAAUCGAAAUUUCCAACGACACUCCGCUGAAUUCCGUACCGCCCGCAAUUUCACCCGGUGCUCUAAAACCCCUGGAAAAUAGUGAAGAAGAAGAGGAAGAAGCUGAGGAAAAUGCUCCGCGAGCCCAACUGACAGCUCCAAUUAGCGAUAAUUUGAGUGAACCUGCUGAAGUUGGUCUAACUUCCACUUCUGCUGCCUCUUCUGAACCCAAAAAUUUGCCGAUUUCCAACAACAAUAGUAAUAUGUCGAAAGUCACGUCGAGAACUCCGUCUACAGGAUCCGAAACUCUACAGAAUCAGGUAUUUUUACGGGGAUUUUUGAAUUUUUCACGAAAUUUGGGGAUUUUUGACACCGCAUAAGCCUAGGUUUUGAGAAAUUUUGAUUUUGGAGCAUUUUCAGGGCUCCGAGAGCUCGAAAAAUGCUCUGAACUGAAAUUUUGAGAGUUUUCACCGCAAGGGUCUCAUUUUUCACGAAAUUUGCGGAUUUUUGACACCCCACAUGACCUAGUUUUGAAAACUUUUGAAUUUGGAUCAGUUUCAGGGCUCCGAGAGCUCUAAAACUAGAUUUCUAGAAACUUCCAGGGACACAGAUUAGGAAAAUUGGGUUUUUCACGAAUUUUGGGGAUUUUUGACACCUCAUAAGCCUAGGUUUUGAGAAAUGUUGAUUUUGGAGCAUUUUUAGGGCUCCGCGAGCUCUGAAAUUGCUCCAAAAUCUGAAAAUUUAAAACCUAAGCUUGUGGGGUGUCAAAAAUCUCCAAAUUUUGUGGGGAAUCUGGAAAAUCUGGGAUUGGGCUCUGGAAAAUUCUAGAUUUCUGGUUUUAGAGCUCGCGGAGCUCUGAAAAUGCUCCAAAAAUCAAAUUCCAUAGAAAUAGGUCAUAUGGGAUGUCUAAAUUUUGCAAAUUUUGUGGAGAAUCUGAAAAACUGGGUCUAGAAGCUUGGGAAUUCCUAGAUUUCAAGUUUCAGAGCUCCGCGAGCUCUGAAAAUGCUCCAAAAUCUGAAAAUUUCAAAACCAAGGCAUGUGGGGUGUCGAAAUUUUGCAAAUUUUGUGGAGAAUCUGAAAAACAGGGUCCUGAAGCUUGGAAUUUUCUGGAUUUCUGGUUCCAGAGCUCAGAGGGCCCUGAAAAUGCUUCAAAAAUUAAAAUUUCAAAAAUAGGUCAUGUGGGGUGUCAGAAAUCUCCAAAUUUUAUGGAGAAUCUGAAAAUCUAGAGCUCCCUGAGCCCUAACCAUCGCAAUUCAAGUUCCAGGCUCGUCAACUAGCCCGCUCAAAAUACUGGGGUGAAGCCCGUACCGUAAUCCUCCAUCGCGAGCCCAACAAAUCUUUCGGCAUCUCAAUAGUCGGUGGCCGUGUCGAAGUUUCGCAAAAAGGCGGUCUUCCCGGAACCGGCAACACUGUGUGCGGAAUCUUCAUCAAAUCCGUCAUGCCCAACUCGCCGGCCGGCAAAAGUGGUCAAAUGAAUAUGGGAGAUCGUGUGAUCAGUGUGAAUGACGUGGAUUUACGUGAUGCCACGCACGAACAAGCGGUUAAUGCGAUCAAAAAUGCCGAAAAUCCGGUGCGUUUUGUGCUCCAGAGCUUGCACACAAAUCCGCAGAAUCAUAUUGUGAACUCCGCGUCGAAUUCGACAGUAAACUCGGUUCGCUUCGAGACCCGAGAAGAGCCCGUGGCUCCACAGCAGAUCACCACCCCCCUCAAGCCUAUGAUGGGCUCCGGACCCGCUCAAUUUGUGGUCCCGCCCACCCAGGAUCCACCGACGACUUCGUCGUGCGAUUCCGCGUCCUCGCCGGACGGAUGUCAGCGCGAGGAUACGGUGAUUAGGCGGAAGGAAUCUGCGUCCGCUUCCGCUUCCGCAGCUAUACGCAAGCAGGAAAGUGUGGAGAGCCGCAAGAGUUUGCGAAGUGUCAAGAAGAGGGAUUCGUUGAGGAAGAGUCCGUCGAAUGAGGUGAGUGUACGGUAGUUUAUAGGGGUACUGUAGGUGCCAAAAAAUAUCAAUUUCUUUUAGUCUUUUAAUAUGAGCAAUCUCAUAAUUUUCUAAGGUUACUGUAGGUCAAAUUUUCGCGCUGAAAAUUGGGUUUUUUCAUAGUUUAACAUGAGCAAUCCUAUGUAGGUUGUAGGGUUACUGUAGGUCAAAUCAUCGCGUCGAAAAUUGUAUUUUUUUCUGAGUUUAACAUGAGCAAUUCUUUAAAGUUUGUAGAAUUACUGUAGAUCAUUAUUUGGAGUCAAAAAUUAAUGAGUUACUGUAGAUUCACAAAGCUUAACAUGAGAAAUCCUAUCAAUUUUAACAUGAGCAAUCCCAUAAAGUUUAACAUGAGCAAUCCUAUAAAUUUUAACAUGAGCAAUCCUUUAAAGUAUCUAAAUUUAGACUUUAAAUGCUCAGGAAAUCCUAUUUCUCUCAAUUUUAGGCUAAAAAUUUUCAAAAAUCUGAAUUUUUCACAAAUUUAGGCUUGAAGUGCUCAAAAAUCUGAAAUUUAGGCUGGAAAUACUCAGAAAUGUUCUCUGAGUUUAAUAUGAGCAAUCCUAUAAUUUUUAGCAGGAGACAUUCUCAUAAAGUUUAACAUCAGCGAUCCCAUAUAGUUUAACAUGAGCAAUCCUAUGAAUUUCUUUAGAAACUCUUAGAAAACCUUAAUAUGAGCAAUCCUAUUCCAAAACAAAAUCCCCAUUUUUUCCGCAGACUGUGCCUUUAAUCGUGUCCGAUGUGAGCAGUUCUGAAAUCCACGAAGAAGCCGAAGCUGUCAUCGACGAAGAUCUCGAAGAAGAUCAGGAGAAACCAUCCACCUCAAGCGCUGAAAAGUUAUCCGAACUCGGAAUUCACGACGAUUCGGCCGCACGCGUCCACCCGCUGCGGCGAAAUUCGGCCGCAGGCGACGACAAACCGUCGCAUUUCUUCUAUACUCGAGCCAAGAUUCAGGCGAGAUACGGUAGUUUGGAGGACUACAGUAAUCCGGCGAUUGGCGAAUUGUUGAUGGUGGCUUGUGAGAAACCCGAAGCUGGAUUGGGCAUUUCGUUGGCUGGAAAUAGGUGAGCGAAAAUUGGCUGCGUACCUACUACGUUUGAUACUCAGUCAACGAAUUUUCGCUGUUUAAUUUGGCUGCGUACAUUUGAUACUCAGCUUUUGAGAAAACCAGAAAAUUGGCUGCGUACGUUGAAUACUCAGCUAAUGAAAAUUGAAAAUUGGCGGCGUACUUUCACAUUAGAUACUCAGCCAACGAAUUUUUUAUCUACUAAUUGUAAGUUGUCUAAUUUUAGCUGCACAAUUUGGCUGCGUACGUUUGAUACUCAGCCUAGAAAAUAAUUUCACUGCGUACCUUGAAAAAUACGUUUGAUACUCAGCUUUUGAGAAAAUCAGAAAAUUGACUGCGUACCCAAUCACAUUGAAUACUCAGCCAACAAUUUUUGAUCUAAUAAAUGAAAAUUUGGCUGCGUACCUGAUAUCUGGACAUUUGAUACUCAGUCAACAAAAUUUUUGAUCUACUAGGUUGUCUAAUUUAAGCUGUAAAAUUUGGCUGCGUACGUUUGAUACUCAGACUAAAAAUUAAUUUCACUGCGUACCUAGAAAAAAUACGUUUGAUACUCAGCUAUCUAAUUUCGCUGCGUGCCUGAUAUCUGGGCAUUUGAUACUCAGCCAACACGAAUUUUUGACUAAUUUUGAUAUUCAAUUUGACUGCGUAUCUUAACAUUAGAUACUCAGUCAAGUAAAAAAGCAGAGAAUUGGCUGCGUACCUACCCACAUUUGAUACUCAGCCGACCCCCAUUUGUUUCCAGAAAUCGAGAAAAGCAAAGUGUUUUUGUGGUUCUGGUGAAACCGGCGUGUCCGCUGGCAAUUCGAGUUGGUGAUGAACUUUUGGAGGUGAGCUGAAAAUUUUUGACUGAAAAUUUUCAGAUUUUCAAAUUUCCCAUCGAAUUUGGAGCAUUUUGACACCAAACAUGCCAUGGCACAGUUUUGUGGGCGUGGCUUAAAACCCUGCCUUGUUUGGUGUCAAAAUGAUCGCCGCACAGUUUUGUGGGCGUGGCCUAAAUUCAUUUUCAUCGUUUCAGAUCAACGGACGUGUUCUGCGCGGAAUAUCGCAUGUCACCGCGUCCGCAAUCGUCCGCGAGUGCUGCGACGCACAUCCGCACGUCGAAAUUGUGCUCUUCCGACGCGUCGACGGCGCGGUCAACGAGUGUGCGGUGCCACGUGGCGAUAGUUUGAAAUGCGGAAGCGGAAGUGGGGAAAUUGUGAGUUUUUCGGGGGAUUUUCAGCCGGAAUUUCAGAUUUUCUGAGCAUUUUGAGCCUGAAAUUGAGCAAAAUAGGAUUUUUGAGCAUUUCCAGCCUGAAUUUUAUAGAAAAUCAGAAUUUUCAGCAUGAAUUUCAGAUUUUUAGAGCAUUUCAAUCCUAAAUUCGAGCAUUUUCAGAUUUUCUGAGCAUUUGAGCCUAAGUUUCAGAAUUUUCAGCAUUUUGAGCCCAAAUUUCAGAAUUUUGAGAAUUUUUGGCCUAAAAUUGAGAGAAAUAGAAUUUUCUGAGCAUUUUCAGCCUGAAUUUGAUGAAAAAUCAGAAAUCUGAGCAUUUUCAGCACUAAUUUCAGAUUUUUGAAAAUUUUGAGCCUAAAUUUCAAAAAAUCUUGAGUUUUUUACCUAAAUUCUAUAGAAAAUUCAGGUUUUUGAGAAUUUAGAGCCCAAAAUUCAGAUUUCUAGAGCAUUUUCAGCAUUAAUUUCAAAAAUCUUGAGUUUUUAUAGCUAAAUUUGAUGAAAAUAGGAUUUUUUGCGAAUUUUGAGCCCAAAAUUCAGAUUUUUGAGCAUUUUGAGCCUAAAUUUCAGAUUUUUGAGAAUUUUUAGCCCGAAUUUCAGAUUUUUGAGCAUUUUCAGCCUAAAUUUGAUAAAAAUUAGAUUUUCUGAGUAUUUUCAGCCUAAAUUUCAGAUUUUUGAGCAUUUCCAGCUUUUUUCCCCGAAAAAUGAGCCAUUUCUCGCUAAUUAGUUAGGCUAAGUUCUAACUGCUCGGAUUUCUCUCCUAUGUUUUUUCUCCGGCUGAAAUUUGACACCUUUUCUGUGUACUUGCACAUUUUUUCGAAAAAAUUCUGAAAAAUUGUCUAUAUUUUCAGCCUGAAUUCAAAAUUUUCUGAAAAAAUUAAAUUUUUCAAGAUUUUUGUAGAAUUGCUCAUGUUAAGGAUCAAAAUUUUACAAUUUUCUGAAAAAUUUGAAUUUUUGAAGAUUUUUGUAGCAUUGCUCAUUCUAGGAUCAAAAUUUUACAAUUUUCUGAGAAAAUUGAAUUUUUGAAGAUUUUUGUAGCAUUGCUCAUGUUAAGGAUCAAAAUUUUGCAAUUUUCUCAAAAAUUUGAAUUUUUGAAGAUUUUUGUAGCAUUGCUCAUGUUAGGAUCAAAAUUUUACAAUUUUCUGAAAAAUCUGAAAUAAGCUCUAAGCUCCGCCCACAAAACCAUGCCGCAUUCAAAUUUCUAAGCCCCGCCCACUUUUCCAUGCCGCACAAAAAAAAUCGCGAAAAAAACUUGAGCCCCCCCCUCUAUUUUUCCUGCCUCUUCAUCAGAAUUUGUUUCUUUCUCCGCGCCGAGUUUUUUUUUUUUGCGCUGUCGCUGAAAAAAAAUCGACGUCGCCUGCUGCUCGCGGAGCCCCGGGGGCGGAGCUUGGCCCCCAGAGAAAAAAAGUUGGCUGAAUUUUCAGCUGCUCUAGAGCUCUAGAGCUCUGUGAGCACACACACACAGCUCCUUCUUCUCCUUCUCCUAAUAAAGAGCCCCCUUCAACUAGUUGUUGUCUACUCUCUCGCUGUCUGCCACUCUCUCACUCUCUCGCUCUCUAGUUUUAAGGCACAUAUUUUUUACCCGUUAGAGAAAAAGUGAGUGUGUGUGUGUGUGAGUAUUUUUUUUUUUGGCGCGCGAGCAGGCAAAAAAAGCAGAGCCACGAUGAGUAAAAGUAGUAGCGCUGUGUUUUUUUUGCGCGUUUUUUUCAGGCCUUGGGGGAUUUUUUUUUUUUGGGCUUAGGCUUAGGCUUAGGCUUAGGGAUUUUAAGGGUCUGGAGAUCCUUAGGCUUCUUAGAUUGAGCUUAAAGGAGGGAUAUGGGCCUUAGAAGCCUUAGGUUUGGGCUUAGGGUUAGAGAUUUGGACCUUAGAAAGCUUAGGCUUAAGGAUUUUAAGGGUCUAGAGAUCUUUAGGCUUUUUAGAUUUAGCUUAAAGGUGGGAUAUGGACUUUAGAAGCUCAAGAUAUAGGCUUGGGGAUUUUGGGCCUUAGAGAUCUUAGGUUUGGGCUUAGGGUUAGAGAUUUGGACCUUAGAAAGCUUAGGCUUAAGGAUUUUAAGGGUCUAGAGAUCUUUAGGCUUUUUAGAUUUAGCUUAAAGGUGGGAUAUGGACUUUAGAAGCUCAAGAUAUAGGCUUGGGGAUUUUGGGCCUUAGAGAUCUUAGGUUUGGGCUUAGGGUUAGAGAUUUGGACCUUAGAAAGCUUAGGCUUAAGGAUUUUAAGGGUCUAGAGAUCUUUAGGCUUUUUAGAUUUAGCUUAAAGGAGGGAUAUGGGCCUUAGAAGCUCUAGAUGUAGGCUUAGGGAUUUUGGGCCUUAGAGAUCUUAGGUUUUGGGUUCAGGCUUAGGGAUCUAGGCUUAGGCUUACCUUUAAAGCUUAGGCUUAGGGAUCUAGACAUCUCAGAUUCAGGCUUCUAAAAUUUUGGGCUCAGGAUUUUCAGGCUUGAGGUUAGGCUUAGGUUUUUGGGCUAGGGUUAGGGAUCUAGGCCUACAAUUAGGGUUCUAGGCUUUUAGACUCAAUUUAGGCUAAUCUGAAGUUUAUUAAAGUCCUCCUAAGCUUUGGGCUCAGAAGAUUUUCUGAAAUUUUGAAGUUAGGCUAACUCUGAUGUUUUUUUUUCUGAAUUUCAGAUUUAUUUCCAGUUUUCCUAAUUUUAGGCUUAAAAAACUGAUGAAAUUUCUGAAUUUAAAAAAAAAAUCCAGCUAAAUUUUGCAAUGCGGCACAGAUUUGUGGGCGUGGCCUAGAUUUUCGUCCCUGGCCACAUUUAUUGCCAUUUUCCCCGGGCUAAAAGCAAAGUUUGCCUCCAUUCUUCUAUAGAGCAAAACGCGCUAAUUAAACUCUAACCGUCUGGCGUCUCUCCAUCUCUCGCCACCCCCCUAAUUUUCUUCCCAAAAAUGCAUUUUUUUGCCCACAAAAAAAAUCUUUUGUCUUUGUGGAGCCGAGCUGAAAAUUGCUCACAAAAACGCAUUUUUUUCCAGCCCAACUCGGAAGCUGAAAAAUCUCCAGAAGAGCAAGAAGAAGAGGAAGAAGAAGCUGAAAAAGAGCAAGAAAUGGCUCCGCCGACGGCUGUUGAAACUAGCGAGCAAAUUUCGACCGGAUCCAGUGAUGGUGAGCCCGAAUUUGGAGCAUUUUGAUAGUGAAUAUGCCACGUGGCAUGGGAUUUGGAGCAUUUUGAGCUCGAAUUUUCCACGUGGAAUUUUUUGAGCCACACUUUUUGGAGCAUUUUGAGCUCGAAUUUGCUACGUGGAAUUUUUGAGCCACAAAUUUUGGAGCAUUUUUUCCACGUGGCAAAUUUCAAAAGUUAAUUUCAAAUCGAAAAAAUCCCAAGUUUUCGAUUUAAAAAUGUUCUCGAAUCAGAAGAAUUUGAAAAUUUCAAAUUUUUGUUCAAAAAAUCCAAUGUCCCUUUAAAAAUUCCAGAAAAAUUUUGAUCCAAAAAAUUUCCGGGAAAAACUAGGUUUCAAAAAAUUUUGAUAUUUUUUGAUGAAUUUUUGAAAUUGCUAAACUUUGGAUAGAUGCUCAAAAUUUGCUAUUAAAAAAAAAUAAACCUGAAAUUAAUUUCAGGUCCAAAAAUCCUAAUUUUUGGUCCAAAAGCCCCCUAAUCAAUCCCAAAUUUGAUUUCAGGUGAAAAAAACUGUGAAUUUUUUCCGUAUAAAAGUUAUCUGAUUGAAAAAUUAGGAAAUUUUCGAAUUUUUUGAUCAGAAAAUGCUCAAAUUUUAAUUUCAGGUUGAAAAAUCCCCAUUUUUUUCAUCCAAAAAAUUUCCGCGAAAAAAUAGGUUUCAAAAAAUUUUGAUAUUUUUUGAUGAAUUUUUGAAAUUGCUAGAGUUUGAAUAGAUGCUCAAAAUUUGCUAUUAAAAAAAUAAACCUGAAAUUAAUUUCAGGUCCAAAAAUCCUAAUUUUUGGUCCAAAAGCCCCCUAAUCAAUCCCUAAUUUGAUUUCAGGUGAAAAAAACUGUGAAUUUUUUCCGUAUAAAAGUCAUCUGAUUGAAAAAUUAGGAAAUUUUCGAAUUUUUUAAUCAGAAAAUGCUCAAAUUUUAAUUUCAGGUCGAAAAAACCCCAAUUUUUUCAUCCAAAAAAGUUCCCUGAUCAAAAAAUCCCACUGAAUUCGAAUUUCGCAACCCCAACCAAUCCGGUAUUUAAUUUCAGGUCGAAAAAUCCUAAUUUUUGCUCCAAAAGCCCCUUAAUCAAUUCCAAAUUUAAUUUCAGGUCGAAAUACCCCGAUUUUUUCAUCCAAAAAAGUUCCCAGAUCAAAAAAUCGCGCAGAAUUUGAAUUUCCCACUCCCAGCCAAUCCUGAAUUCAAUUUCAGGUCGAAAAAAAUCAUUUUCCGUCGAAAGAACCGCUCCAAUCGACAACGCUAAAGAAACAAUGAUCGAAAUCGACAAAGACGGAAAAGGUUUGGGUUUAUCAAUUGUGGGCGGUGCGGAUACCGUACUCGGUACCGUAGUCAUUCACGAAGUUUAUCCGGACGGAGCUGCCGCUCACGACGGACGUUUGAAACCCGGUGAUCAGGUUUUGGAGGUGAACGGAGUGUCGUUGCGCGGUGUGACGCAUGAUCAGUCGAUUGCGUAUUUGCGAAGGACUCCGCCGAAGGUUCGACUGCUGAUCUACAGGGAUGUCAAUCUGCAAUUGUCACUUUUGGAUCCGACACAGAUUUAUAAUAUGUUUGAGAUUGAUUUGGCGAAAAAAGCGGGACGCGGAUUGGGAAUUAGUAUUGGUGAGUUGGUGGACAGAAAAAAGUGUGCCAGGCUUGCAGGAAAGGGGCGGAGCUUCAUUUUGACACCAAACAUGAUAUGGUUUUGGGCACUUUUCUGCAACUCUGGCACGGUUUUUUAGGCUUUAGGCUUAGCCUAGACUUUAGGCUUAGCCUAGGCUUUAGGCUUAGCCUAGGCUUUAUUUAGGCUUAACCUAAACUUUAGGCUUAGCCUAGGCUUUAGUCUAAGCCUAGGCUUUAGUCUAAGCCUAGGCCUUAGGCUUAGGCUAGGCCUUAGGCUUAACUAAGCCUCAAAAUUUUGCCACGUGGCAAAAUUUGAAAAUUAAUUUUUUCAGAAAAUUCCGAAAUUCAAAAAAUGAAUUUCAGGGACUGAGAAUUUUCUAAAAAAAAAUUUUGAGCCAAAAAAUUCCAAGUGGCAAAAUUUUUUUCCAGAAAAAAUCUGAAAUUCCAGAUUUUCUAAAGUAUUUUUUUUUAUUUCUGGAUUCAAAAAUUUUAAUUUCAGCUAAAAAAAAAAUAGGCUGGCAAAAAAUUACCCGAAUACACUCAUUUCAGAAAUGCUCAAAAAUGGCUUACCCAUUUACACUACACGUUUUUAGAAAUGAUGCCCGUUUACACUAUUUUUAUUUAUAAGGCUACACUUUUACACCUUUACACUUUUACACUAUUUUUCUGGAAAAAAGUUGUUGAAAGUGCCGAAAUAGACUGAAAAAUAGUGAAAAAACAGUCCUUAUUUGAGAAUUAGCAGAGCCAAAGCAUAACAUCACAGAGAAAUUGAUACUUCAAUGUUUUUUUUCUGUUCAAGUCUGAAAAUCAGAGUUAUACUAACCCAAAUGCCAAGAAAUGUGACUUCUUCAUUUUCUAAACAGGUUUUUAUAUUCCUUUUUCAUUUUCUGAAACUAUUUAUUAUUCGAAAAAAAACCUUUUUCUUACUCUAAAAUCCUUUAUUUUCGAACAGAACUCUUUUAUUCACUUUAGGAAACCAUUGGUCUGUUUCGACAUUGAGAUUUUGACAUUUAUUUUCUUUUUUCCAAGCCGGAGCAAAAAUAGUGUAUUCGUGUAUUAUUGUAAAAAUGUAUAUAGUGUAAAAGUGUAAGUGUAUUCGGGCAUUUCUGCAAACGUGUAAAAAUAAAAUUAGUGUAUAGAAAUACCCGAAUGCCUCAUUUUUGUCAGCCUAAAAAAAAAUCUUGUGCCACGUGGCAAAAUUUGAAAUUUGAAUUUUUCAAAUAAAAAUUUCAGAAAUGUCUAAUUUUGUAGAAAAUUUCAGAAAUUGAUUUCAACUCAAAAAAUCAGUAAAAAUUGUUGAAUUCUGAAAACUCUCCUGAAAAUUUUCAGAUUUUUUAAAUUUUGAAAAUUUUGAGCCAAAAAAAUUCACGUGGCAAAAUUUGAAAUUUGAAUUUUUCAGAUAAAAAUUCCUAAGUUUGUAGAAAAUUUCAAAUGUUCAAUUUCAGCUAAAAAAAAUCUUGUGCCACGUGGAAAAAUUUGUGAAAAAUUUGAAUUUUCAAAAAUUUCAAUAUGAAAUUUUGAGCUAAAAAUUCCACGUGGCAAAAUUAUUUUUUGAAAAAAAAAAUGUUUUUUCCAGAAAAAAAAUCGUCUCUGGAAUUCUCAUGAAUUUUUCAGUAUUUUUCCAGGAAUUCCCCAUUUUUCUUGGAAAAAUGGGAAAUUUCUGGAAAUUUUCUGAAAUGAAUUCCACGUGGCAAAUAUGAGCAAUGCAAAAAAUUCUGAAAUUUUGAAAAAUUUAAAUUUAAAUUCAGAAAAUUUCUUGAAAAAAUGGGAAACUUCUGGAAAUUUUCUGAAAUGAAUUCCACGUGGCAAAUAUGAGCAAUGCAAAAAAAUGUCUGAAAAUUUUUCGAACUCAAAAAAUAUCCCCAAAAAAAACCUUCAAAACCCUGAAAUUUCCAAAUUUUCAGCCUGAAAAUCUGAAAUUCCACGUGGCAACCCCCAAAAACCCCAAUUUUUUUCCAGUCGGUCGAAAAAAUGAGCCCGGAGUCUACGUCAGCGAAAUUGUGAAAGGCGGAGCUGCGGAAUCCGACGGUCGCCUGAUGCCAGGCGAUCAGAUUCUCGAAGUCAAUGGCAAAGAUGUGUCGGGUUGUAUGCAGGAGGAUGUGGCAGCCAUUUUGAAGACCUGUACCGGGAAAGUUCAUCUGAAGGUAGGUCGAAAAACUGUGCCAGACUUGCAGAAAGGGGCGGGGCUUCAUGAGAGCUUCAGUUUGACACCAAACAUGACCCAUUUUUUGAAAUUCAUUAGGCUCCGCCCACUUUUCUGUGCCAGGAUUGCAGGAAAAUUUUCAGAGCUUUUCAAAUUCCUUCAGGGUUCAUCGAGAGCUUCAGUUUGACACCAAACAUGACAUAUUUCUGAAUAUUUUCAAAAACCGCGCCGCAGACAACUAAGCUCCGCCCACUUUUGCAAAUUGCGGCGCGGUUUUCGAAUUUUUUCCAAAUCUAGUAGUGUUGGGUGUUUUUCGAAUCCUCGAGACAUUCUGAAGCUUCUCCUAGCAUUUUCAAAUAGUAAAUUUCUAAGCCCCGCCCACUUUUGCAAAUUGCGGCGCGGUUUUUUGAAAAUCACUAAACCCUAUAGUGUUGGAUGUUUUUCGAAUCCUCAGGUCACUCUGAAAAUUCACCUGCCCUUCAAUAAGCUUAAAACUAUAAGCCCCGCCCACUUUUGCAAGUCUGGCACGGUUUUUCGUAAGUAUAUCAAAUUGGGUAUCAAAAUGGUCCCCAGGAGCUCCAAAAUCGAUAAAAUUUUGCAGCUCGGCCGCUGGAAGAUCACCGAAACCGCAAACCGUGUUCAUGCCGCCACAGAAGCGCUGGCGAAAUCCGCCACAACACCACGGGUUGGUCGACGACAGGUGAGACACGUGAAGUAGAAGAAGCCUGAUUUUUUUCUCGGAUUACUGUAGAUCUAGAGUACUGUAGGGGUACUGUAGAUCAACAACAUUUUUCUUUUGGUUUUUUGAACACACCAUCUGAUUUUUUACACCACUGGCAUGUUUUUUUAUGAUUUUUUGGGCAAUUCUCUGCACGUGCUUACCUAGGGAUACUGUAGCUACAGUAGUAGUACUGUAGGUACAGUAUCCAAAUUUGAUUAAAGGGAGGUACAGUAACCCAACUAUUUUCUAGCAACCACCAAUUAUCACGGAAAACAACAAUACACCAUCCAACAACCAGGAAACCUCACCCACAUCACCGCCUUCCACGUCACGAACCGCGACGCAGACCGCAACGCAGUCCAACGCGGAAAAAGAUGUGCCGCCCCCGGCGCCGCCGAUGCUUCCGCGUCCAAUUAUAACGCAUACCGCGCCGGAUGGUUGUGACAUUUCGCAGCAGGAAAGUGUUGGAUUGAGCCCGGUCACGGAGGAGCCGAGCAGCGGAACGGAUUUUGUGAGUUUUUUAAAGGUGCAUACAGUAAUCUAGGGGAAAUUUGGAGUUUUUUGAUAUCUCACAUGACUAUAUUUGAAAUUUUCGGAUUUUUAAAGGUGCAUACCGUACCUAUCCUAAGUUUCAGCGAUUUUCAUUGGGUCUUGUAGCGAUUUUCGAAUUCUCCGUGAAAUUUGGGGAUUUUUGACACCCCACAUGACUAUCCUAUAGGAUUUUCUAAGAAAUUUGAGUUUUUAAAGGUGCAUACCGUACUUUCAAAGGGUCUCGUAGCGAUUUUUGAAAUCCACAUGAAAUUAGGAGUUUUUUGAUAUAUCACAUCGUUUUUUUUUAAUUUUUCGAUUUUUAAAGGCGCAUACCGUACCUAUCCUGAGUUCCAGCGAUUUUCACAAGGUCUCGUAGCGAUUUUUGAUUUUUUCGUGGAAUUUGGGGAUUUUAGACACCCAUAUGUACAGGGUUUCCUGAAAAUUUCAAUUUUCGUCUUGGGACCUUUUUAAAGGAACAUGACGUCAUUUUUCUAGAAGAGUGUGCAAGAAGAGGAGGAGCAGCCACCAAAAGAAGCAAGUUCGCUCCAAUCGCAACCCAAAACCAGCACUGCAAAUAACAACAAUUCACUGGCCAUCGAUAUAAUUCAUGAUUUAAAGGAGGAGGGAAGCGAUACGAUGCUCGUGGAGCUCAAAAAGGUACGGUAGCUACCGUAGUCCAGGCAGGUACUGUAGUUUUUCCAGGCUGUCGAUCAACAACUUGGAAUGGGCAUUGGGAAGCGGACACGUGGCAUUCUGGUGACGUCAUUGCAGCCAGGCUCGGCUGCAGCGGAAAAACUCAAAGUUGGCGAUCGAAUUAUGGCGGUGAAUGCGCUGCCCGUCACGGAUCAGGUAGGCCACGCCCACUUUUUUGUGCCGCAGGGUUUUGAUCUACUCGAGGAGGGCUUUUGAAUGAUACCUCAUAAGGCUAGGCCACGCCCACUUUUGCAAUUUCCGCACAGUUUCUAUACCUUGUGAGAUAUCUUUCGAACCGGAAUUUCGAGCUGAUUCCCAAGCCACGCCCACUUUUUGCAACCCUGGCACGUUUUCUCCUUUUUUAAAGUGAAAUUAAGCCACGCCCCUUUUUGCAACCUCCGCACAGUUUCUAUACCUUGUGAGAUAUCUUUCGAACCGGAAUUUCGAGCUGAUUCCCAAGCCACGCCCCUUUUUGCAACUCUGGCACGUUUUCUCCUUUUUUAAAGUGAAAUUAGGCCACGCCCCUUUUUGCAAGCCUCGCACAGUUUCUAUACCUUGUGAGAUAUCUUUCGAACCGGAAUUUCGAGCUGAUUCCUAAGCCACGCCCCUUUUUGCAACCCUGGCACGUUUUCUCCCUUUUUAAAGUAAAAUUAGGCCACGCCCCCUUCUGCAACAUCCGCACAGUUUCUAUACCUUGUGAGAUAUCUUUCGAACCGGAAUUUCGAGCUGAUUCCCAAGCCACGCCCCUUUUUGCAACCCUGGCACGGUUUCCCACCCAAAAUCCCGAUUUUUUCCAGCUUUCCGCCGUCACUUUCGUCAAAGCCUCCGGAGAACGACUAUUUUUACAAAUUGCUCGGCCGCGGACCUUCCAGGCUUCCUGA